CUCGAAAUUUUCCAAUCAUAGACUAAUAUCUAUGUUUUUCGAUACUUAGGUGAAAUAAUUCAAGAGGGCCAAGUCGCUUUUCCGAUUCAGAAAUAGUGAUUUCAAUCAUUUAUCGAAUUAUUCAAAGUUAAUAAAUAAAUUCAGAGGCCUUUAUUUCGCCUUAGCAUAUCUCUUGCCCUGUGGUGUAGUGCUUGAACCAAGGGAACCGUAAAGAAGCAGUUCGAACCCGAAAAUUUCCAUCCUCCCCCAAAACCACCCCUGCUUAUAGCGCGUUGCGCCGUGGAGACGCUGCGGACGCCGCAGGAGGCGACAGCGUCGGUCGGCACGGUCAUUGUGGCGCCUCAGUCAGCGCGUUGUCAUCAGCACCGCAGCUUCGUUAUCAGAGCAUGGUCCGAAAGUCGCUGAACGAUAAUACGCCAUGUGAGAGUGUGGACUGACCAUGAAGUUUGGAUUGCUUGGGGCGCCCCCGCCCCUGGUCCUAGUGCUCCUCUUCUGGGCCCUUUGGGGGGGCGCCUCACCGCAGGGAAGGGGCACCCACAGAGGAGCGGAUGAGGAGAGAAAGUACGGAGACCGCUGCAACGAAACAGAACCGUGCAGUUUCGAAGGAUCUUUCUGCGACAAGGGCAAGUGCUAUUGCCGUCCAGAAUUUCCAGUCACCAAUCAGGUGGAUAAAUGUGGAGAAGCCGUACGCGUGAACGAGUCCUGUUUCUUCAACGAACAGUGCGAGACGGUCACGCCGCAAACGGAAUGCAGGGACGGCGUCUGCAUCUGUCGUUUCGAGAAGAUAGCCGUGCUCAAGUCGGACGGCAAGGUGGAAUGCGAAGUGCCGGUGCAGACCUCUACCCACCCGGGAAAAUACGUCGAUCCCGCCAUGAUAGGGAUCCUGGUCGCCAUGUUUUUUAUGUUCAUCACGAUCUGCGUCGUCCUUCGACUGUUCAGCAGGGCGAGGUGGCGAGAGAACAGGACCAUCUUCAACACCCCCAAUCCUAGGCUGAUGAACGUGUCGCUGCUGAGGGAGAACAAGCUCCUGCACGGAGAAAGAAGGGGUUCGAAAACGAGCAUGAGAGGUCCCAGUCGACAACCCAGUAUGGCGUCGCUCAGGCCGCACUCGCCCAACUCCCAAGGGCGUUUGUUUUUAGGAUCCAGAAGGGGAUCGAGAGGCAGCAGCAACGCAUCCGCUGUCUCAAACAGAUCCAGUAAGAGCCCUCCUCAAAACGCAAUAUCCGCAACCACGCCGAUGCUAGAGAGCAUUCAGGUUGAGAUACAACAACCCAAAUAAAUAAUUACUUAAGAUUCUUCAACUAGUUAAUAUUCAUAACUUACAUAACUUAGAAGAAUAACUAAUUCUAAUAGGUAUUUCUGAAAAAUUGAACUCUUGGGAUAUUAUGCAUAUUGAUGACUCGAAGAUAUCUUUGGACUAUUGGGGUGCUUUAAGAGAUAUUAUGGGAACAAGAGAAAUGUUUGUCUAUUUCGUGAAGUGUGGUGUGUAGGUUUUUCGUCGAUUAGGAUCCAACGAAAAAAUUAACUUACACCAUUGAUUAACCCUUGUGUUUUGGGUAUAGAUAAAGAUGUAGUUUCUAGCUGCAUUUUGCUGAACGAAAUCGAUGAAUAUUUUCAGUGAAAGAGGGGAAUUGGAAACUUAUCUUCGAUAAAAUAAUCUACAACGAUAACUUGCCCUCAGCUAUAAGUGAUGAUGUUCGGGACCAAAAAUGUUGAUAAUUUUUUGUCCAACCAUCACAGUCUAGUUUGUAGUUCUCUGUUCAUCAAAACUUGUAAAUUUUCCUGUAGAUCUUUAUUAAGUCCGUCAUUUUGCUUUCAUCUUCCCUAGCUGAAGCACGUUUUGAAGUUGAGAAUAAUAAAGCACAAAUAGAAGUUAGGGACCUUACUUUGAUAACUUCACUUGAUUUAUCCGAAUUCGGUUUGGUGGUAUCAAUAAAGUAAACUAUUGUGAUACAACCAAAUAUAUGCUGUGAUUGAAUGUUCGAUAUUUCGACAACUGGGAGCGACAGAAAGUAAUGGGAAAACUUUUUGCCGGUUACAGUUGUUGGUCGCCGUAAAAUAAUUUAUAUCUAAUGAAGCGUUGAAUCAAUAGGCUCACCCCAACCAUUCUUUCGUCGUUUGAAGUAUAUACCUUACAUUAUACCUGAUAUGCUUCAUAGAUUUAACGAAUUUUGAACACACGAAAUUUUGAAUUUAUAUAUGAACUUUACUAUAUAGAAGUUGAACGAUGACACAAAGCGUAGAGAAGCUUGCUUAGUAUAUGAUAUACAUGAAUUAAGAAUCAUUUUCGACAUUGGACUGUAUCUAAAUCGUCUUAUAUUUAGCUUGUAUUCUUUAUACUCUUGUAUCUAUUGUAUACCUACUUGGAUUUUCACAAAUCAUUGAUCUGUACUUGCCAACAAACUUUUAAUAAAAUGCUAUCAAAGAAA